AACAGUGUCUGGUGGAAUAAGAGGGGCUAGUCGCAUGCAGGACAGGGAAGAAUCAAGAAUCAAGAAUCAAGAUAUCAGAUAUUCGUGAUCUUUCCGCUGAUAUCAUUGCUAAUGCAGUGAGCCGUAGGGGAGAGAGAAAUGUAUAAUGGGGUGGAGAAGAGUGAUAUCACUUUGCAGUCAGCUCUUGACUGGAAUACGCAAUGCCAGACAGAACCUAUAGAUAUAAGUACAACCUCCUGCCAUGGGUACAGUGGUAUCAGUCUCAUCAAACCCUCUGAAAGACCACGAUACACCCACAACACCCCUCGAAGCAAUGGCGCAACCUACUCCAUGUGCAGACAGUGUCUGUAUGCAGGCAUCCAACAAUGCCACCCUCAACGAGCCCCCGGUUAUAUCCAGUCAGGAUAGGGCCUCGGUGAAUGGCGACGAUAUCGCAAAACCAGCUGCCCAAGUUCCGGUCGCCAUAUGUGGCAUGUCGGUCCGUCUUCCGGGAGGCCUGCGCUCACCACAAGAGCUAUGGGACUUCAUACUCUCAAAGAGCGAUGCCCGUGGCCCCGUUCCGAAGUCUAGGUAUAAUGUUUCCGCACACUACUCCGACAGACGUAAGCCGGGCACAGUGGCAACGGAAUAUGGGUACUUCCUCGAUGAAAGCACCGAUAUUUCGGCUCUGGACACAUCGUUUUUCCACAUGGGAAAAAGCGAGGUGGAGCGAGCAGACCCACAUCAGCGUCUGAUGCUGGAAGCGGCCAGGGAAUGUUUGGAGGAUGCUGGAGAAACCAACUGGAAAGGGCGACCCAUUGGCUGCUACAUUGGCAGCUUUGCUGAUGACUGGGUGGAAAUGUUCGCCAAGGAGACACAGCCCUACGGCAGUUAUCGAGCAACCGGCCACGGCGACUUCAUGCUGCCUAACCGCGUCUCGUAUGAGAUGGAUCUGACAGGACCAAGCAUACUACUCCGCACGGGUUGCUCGGCAUCCAUGGUUGCGCUACACGAAGCGUGUGUCGCUGUCUCCCGCGGGGACUGCGAGAGUGCCAUCGUUGGCGGCGUCAACUUGAUACUGCACCCCGGUAUGACCGCUGCCGUGUCCGAGCAAGGAGCUUUGUCUCCCGAUGGAUCCUGUAAAAUCUUCUCCGCGGAUGCCAAUGGUUACGCUCGAGCCGACGCAAUUUCCGCCAUCUUUAUCAAGCCUCUCUCUGAUGCUAUUCGUGAUGGUAACCCCAUUCGAGCUGUCAUCCGCGGGACAGGAACCAACAGUGAUGGGAGGGGGACCGCCGCUGGUAUCCAGGUUCCCAACGGAGUGACCCAUGAAGCUCUGAUGAGACGCACGUACCAGAUGGCGGGCAUCACCAACUUUGCGGAGACUGCCUUCGUUGAGUGUCACGGUACAGGGACUUCGAUUGGCGAUCCCAUCGAAGCCGGCGCUGUCGGGCGAGUCUUUGGCCCCACUGGCGGGGUCCAGAUUGGAUCUGUGAAGGCCAACGUUGGUCAUUCCGAAGGUGCGUCUGGUCUCACAUCGAUUGUCAAGGCCGUGAUGGCCUUGGAGCACCGCGUCAUUCCCCCGAACAUCAAGUUCCACGAGCCCAACCCUAAGAUCCCGUGGGAUUCCUGUGGUCUCUCCGUCCCAACAGAGUCAAUGCCAUGGCCUGAGGGACGAAAGGAACGGAUCAGUGUGAAUUCGUUUGGAGUUGGGGGCGCCAACGCGCACGUCGUUCUGGAUUCCGCUCUCAGCUGCGGAGUUCCGCCUGUCGCCAGGCGGCCCUUCACCUCGCCUGAACUGCUUCUCUACUCCGCCAAUACCAAAGAGUCCCUGGAGAGGAUGACCGUCGCCUACCAGGCCUGGGUUCAGGAGAACCAAGACACGGUGAGCGACCUGGCUUUCACGCUGGCUAACAGGAGAGAGCAUUUGCCUUAUCGGGCGUUCGCGGUGGCAAGCCCCGGGGGCUCUCUCACUACAUCCCCUCCCGUGCGGUCUCAGGAACCGCCCGCUAUAUUGAUGGUAUUUACAGGCCAAGGAGCUCAGUGGCCACAGAUGGGGCAUUGUUUGCUCAAUGACCCUUCCUACCCGGUUUUCAAGAAACGGAUUCAGUCGCUCGACGCACAUCUGCAAACCCUCCGUCAUGCGCCCAAGUGGUCUAUUGAAACCGAGCUGGAAGCGCCCGCCAGCAGUAGCAGGCUUGGUUCAGCCGAACUAGCCCAGCCACUAUGUACAGCAAUCCAGAUUGCGCUGGUGGAUUGUCUUACCUCCAUUGGAGUGCAGCCCACUGCGGUGGUGGGACACUCCAGCGGAGAGAUCGUGGCGGCAUACGCAGCUGGGGCUAUCUCGCCAUUCGCGGCCAUCACGGUUGCAUUUUAUCGUGGCUUUGUCACACGGCAUAUCAAGAAUGGAGCCAUGGCAGCUAUCGGCUUGGGUUCAAAAGAUGUACAAGAGUAUCUCGAGCCGGGGGUCGUCGUUGCUUGCGAGAACUCACCGAAGAGCGUCACCCUUGCGGGUAACAUACGAGGGGUUGAACUGGUCGUUGCCAGGAUCCAAGAGGCCCAGCCUGGUAUCCUAGCCAAACUGCUGCGGGUGGACAAGGCGUACCACACGAGCCACAUGGUUGAAAUCGGGGGUGAGUAUGAGAACUUAAUUCGACAUGAGGUGUCUGCCAAAGCCCCCCAGAGGUUCGUAUAUAGCAGUGUCACAGGCGAGCUACUGGAUCCUGACUGCGACCUCGGCGCCACGUACUGGCGGAAAAACCUGGAGUCCCCGGUGCGCUUCUAUUCGGUCAUGUCGUGGAUCAUGCAGCAUGAGCAGUCAAAGAACAUGGUCAUGGUCGAAGUUGGACCUCACUCGGCCCUCGCGGGUCCCCUACGGCAGAUCCAGGCCGAGUGCUCCAACAAUGCACCCUAUGUGUCUGCACUGACCCGCCACCAGAACGAUGUGGAAACGUUCCUGCGAUUGAUCGGGACGUUAUAUAGUUUGAAUGUUCCCGUGCAGCUAGAGAAGGUGGUGUCUAGCGGCUCGUGUCUGCCCGAUCUGCCCAGAUACCCAUGGGACCACUCGCAGAGUUUCUGGUAUGAGUCUCGCCUCAGUAAAGAGUGGCGCCAUCGGAAGCAUGCCCACCAUGAUCUAUUGGGUCUUCGCGUCGCGGAGAGCUCUCACUUCAACGUCCUUUUCCGGAAUAUAUUCCACUUGGACAACGCCCCGUGGAUCCGUGACCACAAGGUCCGAGAAGACAUCGUCUUUCCUUUAGCUGGGUACGUGGGUAUGAUCGGCGAAGCUGCUAGACAAGUGACCGACAUCGAUAAGUCGUUCACGUUGCGCAAGGUUCUCAUCAGCGCUGCUCUCGUGUUAAACGAAGGCUCUCCUGUCGAGAUGGUGACGACAUUGCAGCGGCAGCGACUGACGGAUUCCCUCGACAGUGAAUGGUGGGAGUUCACCAUUGCAUCCUACAACGGAACUUCCUGGUUAAAACACUGCUCGGGGGAGGUGCGUGCACAUGAAGAUGACCUGGGAGAGGCGAAGAGGCAUGACCCGCUGGUGCGCAAGGUCGAAACUCCUCGUUUUUACAGGUAUCUGGCCAAGUCGGGUAUCCACCUUGGUCCUGCUUUUCAACGGCUUGAUGCUAUUAGAUCAGACACCGUCACAACAGAUGCGACAUCGAAGGUCGCUGCAAAACCCGAAGACGGAAUCGGCUACCACGUGCACCCGGCUGUUGUCGAUGCUUCAUUGCAGAUGCUCAGUGCAGCCGUCUCCAAAGGGCAGGUUAAUGGCACGACCAAGAUGUUGAUCCCGACGGAGGUGAAAGAACUGAGCAUCACCCGAUGUACUGAGGACGUCGGAAUCCAAGCUUCUGCAUCCUACACCCGAGACGGUUCUAUUAUCGGUGGUGCACGAGGCGUUACCGUUGACGGCAGGAUAGUUUUCCGCAGUUCUGGCGUCAAGCGGUCGGUUUUGGACGACCAGGGCCCCGGAAAUGGCGGUAUAGCUACCGCUCGCGCGACAUGGAGCCCGCAUAUUGACUUUUUGGAUCCUCUGACUCUGAUAAAGCCGUUCAUUGACCGCAGCAGCGAGAUGCCCGUCCUGGUGGAAUUGGAGCGCCUGUGUAUGCUGCAUACAAAGAGAACACUCGAGGGGCUAGACAGCCCGAUCAACCACAUGCGCAAGUACAAAUCAUGGAUCAAUCGUGAGUGGGCCACAGUCGAGCUCCAGCGCCUUGAUCAUCUUGAUAACACGGCCCUUGAGUUCCGAGCGGUUUCUAUCGUCAGAGAGCUUUCGCAAACCCCAGCUGCCGAUGCUGCGAUGGGUAUCUGGAAGAUCGGCGGCAACAUAGAAAGUAUCUUCACGGGGACAGUGGAGCCACUGGAAGUCCUUCUUGCGGACAAUACCCUGGUCAACAUCUAUGACUAUUUGGAUCAAUGCGACGAGACUCGGCUAUUGAUGGAAGCUCUGACACACAGCAAGCCUAACCUACGGGUUCUCGAAAUCGGCGCUGGAACCGGUGGCUCUACUGUCAAUAUUUUGAGGCUGUUGACCCCGGGGGGGAAUCCUCUCUACUCGAAGUAUACCUUUAGCGAUAUUUCUUCGGGAUUUUUCGUCGCCGCCAAGGAACGUUUCAAAUCUUUCCCAAAUAUCGAAUAUCUUCCACUAGAUAUCAGCAAGGACCCAUUGGAGCAGGGCUUCGAUGGCCGGAAAUAUGACCUUAUCCUAGCGUCCAACGUCCUUCACGCUACCAAAAGCCUCCGUGAAAGCUUAGGGAACAUCCACAAGCUAUUGGACACCAACGGUCGACUCUUGCUCCACGAGCUCAACCCGUCUGCGAGAUGGCCUAACUAUAUCUUCGGAACCCUAGCGGGGUGGUGGUAUGGUGAAGCCGACGGCCGGGCGGACGAGCCAUACGUCGACGCCGACCGGUGGACGAAAGAGUUGAUGUCUGCUGGAUUCUGUGCGCCCGACGCUGCAGUCCUUGACUCACCUGUACCGCAUCAACUCAACACGACCUACCUAGCUCGGCCAGCUGUCCAAGACCCUCCAAAGAAGGUCACUCUCCUCACCCUUUCCGAUUCCGACAAUGUGCGCUCCAUCGUCUACAGUCUGGCCAACAGAGGGUACGCGAUUGACCAUCGGGGGCUGCAAGGACCAUUCCCUGCCGACCAGGAUGUCAUUGCCCUGCUUGACGCGGAUGGGCCCUUUUUCGAAAACAUCGACGAGGAAAGGUUUGAAACAUUCAAGGCCUUGGUGGGCGAGCUCAAGGAUUGUGGGAUUUUCUGGGUGACAGCUCUUUCGCAAGUCCAGUGCCAGGACCCACGGUACGGCCAGAUCACCGGGAUUGCGCGGGUCAUGCGAUCUGAGAUGCUGGUCGAUUUUGCCACGUGCGAGGUUGACGAUGUCGGUUUGUCUGUGCACAGGAUUGUUGACGUGUUUGAGAAGUUUCAGACGCGCCAGGUUCGCGACAAUCUCCGGCCUGAGAUGGAAUACGCCAUCGUGAACAAUGCUGUGUAUGUCGGACGCAUCCAUACAUUCUCCGUACAUGACGAGCUUCUGGAGCCAGACAUGGGCAAAUCCGUUGCUCUCCGUACCAGCAAACCUGGUAACCUCGCCAAUUUACAUUGGAUGGCCCAUGAUAUCGAAGAGAUGGAAGACGGGGAUGUGGAGGUCGACAUACAUACGACUGGCCUUAACUUCAGGGUAAUUCAAGGACAGGAUGUGUUGGUCGCCAUGGGCAUUGUCGAGGCCUCUGGAGGUGGAAUCGGUCAAGAAGCCGCGGGCAUUGUGCGCCGCACUGGUGCCACCGUUACAACUCUCCAGGCUGGCGACCGUGUUAUGCUUCUGUCCAAUUACAUGUUUUCCACCCGCCGAGUGCUGCCAGAGAGUCUGUGCGAGAAGAUCCCAGACGGGUUGAGCUUUGAAGACGCGGCUACCCUGCCUCUUGUGUUUGCCACGGCCAUCUACUCCCUUUUCCAUCUUGGUAAUUUGAAGAAGGGCCAGUCUAUUUUGAUCCACAGCGCCUGCGGUGGAGUUGGGCUUGCUACCAUCCAGCUUGCGCAGAUGGCAGGAGCCGCGAUCUACGCAACUGUCGGCAAUGAAGAAAAGGUCAAGCACCUCACAGACAUGCUGAACCUGCCUCGAAACCGAAUCUUCAGCUCUCGGAGCGCCACUUUCGCCGACGACAUCAUGCGAGAGACCAACAACAGAGGCGUUGACCUGGCGCUCAAUUCACUGUCCGGCGAGCUUCUCCAUGCGACGUGGAGGUGCAUUGCGCCUUUCGGCAAGAUGAUCGAGAUCGGGAAGAGAGACCUGAUCGGCUCCACAAAACUGGACAUGGUCCCUUUCUUGGACAAUCGGAGUUACUGCAGCGUGGAUCUGGAUAAGAUUAGUCUCCAACGGCCGGCCAUUGCAAAGGAACUGCUCACGGAAAUCGGCAACUUCGUGAGGGAGCGUCACAUCCAUCCUAUUCGGCCGAUCAAGGUCUUUGAUUCCAAUCGUAUCGUGGACGCCUUUCGGUACAUGCAGCAGGGCGUCCACCUGGGCAAGAUUGUCGUGUCGAUGCGCGAUGCAACUGGCCAGUCCACUGUGGCUGAGGACAGCGUGGUGAAACAAAGGAAAGACACAACGUUUGACAGUUCGGCGGCGUAUCUGCUUGUCGGUGGUCUGGGAGGCCUGGGUCGGUCCGUCUCUACGUGGAUGGUCGAACGAGGCGCCCGCCACCUUAUCUUCCUCUCCCGCAGUGCAGGCGCAACCAACACGCAUUCGGAGUUUUGCCAAGAGAUUUCCAGCAUGGGCUGUCGCGUCGACAUCGUGCAGGGGACUGUUUUGCGGAUCGAAGACGUCACGCGGGCCAUUGAUCACGCCCAUGGCCGUCUCAAGGGGAUCCUGCAGAUGUCCAUGGUCCUUCGGGACCGGGGGUUCCCACGCAUGACCAAGGCCGAGUGGGACACUGCCGUCGAUCCCAAGGUGCAAGGGACGUGGAACCUCCACAAUGCCGCUCUGGCCAUGGACAUAGGCCUCGAGUUCUUUGUUCUAUUCAGCUCUAUCAACGGCAUCGUCGGACAGCCCGGGCAGACCAACUACGCAGGCGCCAAUACUUUCAUGGACGCCUUCGCGCAAUACCGUCGGCAGAUGGGGCUGCCCGCCUGCGCCAUCCAGAUCGGGGUCGUCGAGGACGUGGGCUACGUCGCGGAGAACGCGUCCGUCCAGCAGCGGUUUACGCAGACGGUGGGUUCGGACGGGACUAUUUCCGAACAGGAGCUUCUUAGCGCCAUCGGGGCAGCCACGACCUCAACAAAGGACUUUUACGUCGGGGUGCGCUCCAGCAUGCGGUUGAAUAACCCCGGAGAGCGAUCGCCCUGGAAAGGCGACAUCCGCAUGGCGGCCUUCCACAACGGCGAAGAAGCCGGCCAGACGGCCCAAGACAGCACCAGCAACGACCUACAGACAUUCAUCGCCAAGGCGAGAAGCGACCCUGCUUUACUGGAGCAGGCCGAUUCCGCGCAUUUCCUUGCUCGGGAGAUUGGGAAAAAGGUGUUCAGUCUCUUGCUGAAGCCUGAAGAGGAAUUGCGCACAUCCUGCUCUCUUAGCGAGCUGGGAUUGGAUUCCCUGUUCGCUAUUGAGGUUCGACAGUGGUGGAGGACCGUUUUCGGGUUUAAUAUCAACGUGUUGGAGAUGAUGGGGAUGGGGUCGUUGGAUGAUCUUGGAGUGCAUGCUGCGAGGGGUCUGAGUGCUCUUUUUCAUGGUUGA